AUGCGCUUCAAGGCGUCGAUACAGAACAUUAAUACCUUUACGAAGCUUACGGCGUCGCUCAAUUCGCUCGGCCCGCUCGCGUGGGUGAAGCUCAGCGAGGAGCAAGUAUGCUUCACCAUCAUACCAGAGCAGGGCACUCAAGUAUGGGCUGUCCUCUCUAUUGACUCCAUCUUUGAGACCAUCAGCGUGCAGUCAGCAGCGAACAACGUCAUCAACCUCGAAGUUCCGCUCACUUCGUUGAACCGUGCCCUCAAGUCAGCCCUCAAUGCCACCUCAGCCCAGAUACGCCUCACCAAGAAGGACAACCUGCCCAUGCUUGCCCUCACCAUCGUCACCACGACCUCCUCGAAUACGUAUAGCGCCUUCCCUGCGGCCACAGCCAACAAUGACGAUGGCUUCGACGCUGCCUUUGACAAUGAAUUUGGUGGAGGAAACCGCGAGACCAUUGUCACGCAGGAGAUACCCGUGCGGGUGCUUGCGCCAGACACUGUAGCGCAUCUGCAUGAGCCCGUCUGUAGAGAGCCAGACGUACACAUCAUACUGCCUCCUCUGAUGCAGCUGAAGAGCAUCAGCGACAGGUUCACCAAGCUCGCACUGGCAGACACCAAGGCAAGCACCGCGACGACGGCAUCAAGGACACGCCUUGAGGUUGCCGCCAACAUGCACGGCUGCCUCAGGAUGAGGAUCCGAUCCGACGCUAUGAACAUAUCCUCCAUCUGGACCGAUCUUAGCAAUCCAGAACUCGAUCCUGGCCACGUCGCUGGUGGAGAGGAUGGCGUAGCUGAACACCCAAGCACGCGUAUGAAGCAGCUGGGCACGGCGGACGGGCGUAGUGAAGAAGGCUGGGCUACCGUGAGGAUCGAUGGGCGUGACUGGGGUAAGGUCAUGAGUGUGGGUAGGCUGGGGGGACGAGUUAUCGCUUGCUUCUGUCAUGAGCAUGCACUCAUCCUCUACGUCUACCUACCCAACGAUAAUGGCGACGACGAGUCGGUCCUGACAGUACGUUGCACUCUUCACACCCUCGCUCACCAGACUGACAUCACAGCAGUACUUUAUCAGCUCCUACAGCGCAUAGCUACCUUCGCGCUCAUGUCAUCCUCACGAGGCACAAACUAG